AUGUCGACGGCGACGUACGACCACGCCCUCUUUGGCUCGGCAGCUGCUGUUCGGCUGCUGCUGCCAUGGGCCUUUCCUGGUCUGCUCGACCUUCUCAGUGGGCGUGUCGAGUUGUCCACGCCUGUGACGGGCUUCAAGAGNAUGUAUGCGCCCACCAAACCCUUGAAGCCAAAAGACUCACGUUCUCUCACAGUGCAAGAAGGCCUCUUUCUAUACAACCAUGGUCUAUCGCCUUACGACGGUGGUGUCUUCCACCAGGCUCCUCUACUCUUGCCGCUCUUCUCGCUCCUCCCUGAUCCCACCCGCUACCCUCUGGUCACCGUCUUGCUGUAUACACUGGUCGAUCUCGCGAGCGCAUACGCUCUCAUGCAAGUCUUUGCUUCGGGCCAAUCCUACUCUACCCGUUUCUUCACAUCGUCGCGCGAGUCGAAGCGCUGGUCGUUGUCUGCUGUCGCUGCCACAUACCUCUUCAACCCCUUUAUCAUCUUGACAUGCCUGGCUCGCUCCACCAAUGUCUUUGGGAACCUCUUCAUCCUGAUAGCUACACUCAAGGCCUGUCGCGGUGCCUUCAUGAGCUCCGCCUUGGCUCUGGCCAUUGCUUCAUACAUGUCUUUGCAUCCUCUGCUGCUGCUCCCACCCCUCACCAUCCUGUGCUACGACUCGUGGCUUCUCCGUCGCAAAAAUACCGAUCAAAGUGCAUCGGCUUCCACGUUGGUCUCUUUCGCUGCACGUUAUACAUUCGUACUUGUGGCUGCCAUUGCCAUCUUGUUCGCCUUGUCAUAUGCACUUAUUGGUGACUGGUCAUUCAUCUCAUCCGUCUACGCCUCUCGUCUUCUGCUACCCGACUUGACCCCCAACGUCGGCCUAUGGUGGUAUUUCUUCAUCGAAAUUUUCGACUCGUUCCGCAACUUCUUUCUGGGCGUCUUCUGGCUGCACAUGGCCUCGUAUUCGCCUGCCCUCACAGUCCGUCUCCGCGAACAACCACUAGCCGCCAUUGUGCUUCUGUGCGGUAUCUUCGCCAUCUUCCAGCCAUAUGCCAAUGUCGGUGAUGCUGGUUUCUGGCUUUCCAUGCUCUCCAUGUAUGGCCAUGUUCAUGAACGUGAGUCCCCUUAA